AUGUGUAUUUAAAUAAAAUCCUCACACUCUUCCCUCAAUAAUCAUUCCCCCAUGACCCCUCCUUUCUCUGUGAUGAUGGUACAGUCCUUAAACCACAUUGUCCUGCUGCUGCAGCACCUGCAAUUUAAUUAACACUGGCAAAGAAGGUGAGUUUGGAGGUAAGAGGUGUUAACAUUCAAAUACAGCCAAACUUUGCUUAUAGAAACUAGUUUUGCUUACUUUUGAUUAAGUUUGAUUACUUGUUGGUGUGUGUUUAAAACGUUAAGAUUGAUGACACAUUCGUUUGACCAGUUACAGGUUAAUGGUAGCAGUUUAAGCUAACGCUAGCGCUAAUGCUAGCGCUAAUGCUAGCGCUAAUGCUAGCUUCGUUUGGGAACAAAUGUCAGCUAUUAUCUUGCUUGUCGGGAAUUGUUAUUUAUUUAUUUUAUGAUUUUUGUUGCCAGAGUAUGCAUAUAAAUAAUUGAAGAUAUUGUGAAUGAUUUAAAUCUACCAUGCUGACUUGACUGUCAUGCUUCUAUGACAGGGCACAUGACUUGUGACCAAGGCCCUAGGCACUAAAGAAGGCAUAGAAACUGCAUGGCAGAAGGAUGAAUAUUCAAGAACUGUUCAAAAUGAAACCACUGUGUAAAAUAAUUUAUUUUUUCUCGCACAAAUGGAUAGACACAUUUAUAAGUUGAAUACACUAGGUCUAUUUUGGCAAUUUUGGCAAUUUGAAAUAAUUGCUGUAAUUAUUAAAUACUUGGCUUUAGCUAUACUGAACUUUUUCUUUUAUUUGUUCAUUAGUAUCAGGCUUUAUAGGCCAUGGCAUCAACAAGGCCCCGCAGAACAAAGAUAAAACCUAAAGAUGAGGCUGCAUAUUUUUCCUCCCUGUGUAAAGAUAAGGAUGGAUUUGAUAUUAAAUACAUAAAUUCCUUUAAAGGUCGAGGGGUGUUCAGCUGCUGCCACUUUAAAGAGGGAGACUUCCUUGUUGAAUACAGAGGGGAAUUAAUAACUAAACAUGAACAUGACAACAGGCAAAGAGUGUACCUUGAUGCACUUAAGGUUUUCAUGUUUGAGUUUCGUUUUAAUGGGAAACAGUUAUGUAUUGAUGCUUCCUGGGAGGACGGCUCCCUCGGUAGACUCAUCAAUGAUGAUCAUGUGAAUCCGAACAGCAAAAUGAAAACCAUCAAAGUUGAUGGAAAGCCCCAUCUGUGCUUGUUUGCACUAAGGGACAUCAAUCCAGGGGAAGAAAUCACGUAUAACUAUGGAGAGUCUGACUGGCCAUGGAGAUGCAAGGUAUUAACAAAUACCUCAAGUGAGACUAAAAUUCACCCUGCUGAUGUGGCUGUGACAUCUGAUGCCCUCUCUGACAACAUUCAACAGACCUCAAGUGAGACUAAAAUUCACCCUGCUGAUGUGGCUGUGACAUCUGAUGCCCUCUCUGACAACAUUCAACAGACCUCAAGUGAGACUAAAAUUCACCCUGCUGAUGUGGCUGUGACAUCUGAUGCCCUCUCUGACAACAUUCAACAGACCUCAAGUGAGACUAAAAUUCACCCUGCUGAUGUGGCUGUGACAUCUGAUGCCCUCUCUGACAACAUUCAACAGACCUCAAGUGAGACUAAAAUUCACCCUGCUGAUGUGGCUGUGACAUCUGAUGCCCUCUCUGACAACAUUCAACAGACCUCAAGUGAGACUAAAAUUCACCCUGCUGAUGUGGCUGUGACAUCUGAUGCCCUCUCUGACAACAUUCAACAGACCUCAAGUGAGACUAAAAUUCACCCUGCUGAUGUGGCUGUGACAUCUGAUGCCCUCUCUGACAACAUUCAACAGAUCUCAAGUGAGACUAAAAUUCACCCUGCUGAUGUGGCUGUGACAUCUGAUGCCCUCUCUGACAACAUUCAACAGACCUCAAGUGAGACUAAAAUUCACCCUGCUGAUGUGGCUGUGACAUCUGAUGCCCUCUCUGACAACAUUCAACAGACCUCAAGUGAGACUAAAAUUCACCCUGCUGAUGUGGCUGUGACAUCUGAUGCCCUCUCUGACAACAUUCAACAGACCUCAAGUGAGACUAAAAUUCACCCUGCUGAUGUGGCUGUGACAUCUGAUGCCCUCUCUGACAACAUUCAACAGACCUCAAGUGAGACUAAAAUUCACCCUGCUGAUGUGGCUGUGACAUCUGAUGCCCUCUCUGACAACAUUCAACAGAACUGUAAACAUGAGCUGACCUCCUCAGUGGUACCAAGCUUGGAAAAAUGUGCCAGUUGUAGAGGACCAUUUGCCUCCCUUAAGUGGCUUGGUGUGAGAUGUAAAGUUUGUUCCUGCUUCUGGCACAAGUCCUGUUAUUCUCAAAAUGUGAAGUCUAAUCUUGAACCCAUACCAUUCGUUAUACAAGAACGACAGUCAAGUGAAGAGGCAUCAUCAGAGGAGGAAUAUGUGCCUGAUUCUCUUAGUGACUCGGACAGUUCAUGGAUAACCACAAAAGAGCCUUUACCAUAUGUGCAGGACAAAGUCUCAGAAAUACAGAAUAUUGAAGUGACCUGCAGUGAGUCUGCAGUCUGCACAGUGCAGCCUGAAGACACAUCUGAAGACACAUCUGAAGACACAUCUGUUAUGGAUAACACAGAAACAAGUGCAGAUCUGCACAUACAGUCUUCAAAUGCAUCCUCUUUAGUAUGUCACAAAAAUUUCUGCUACAUUUGUGGAAAACCACAGUCAAAAUUAACACGUCACUUAAAAACCCAUGAGAAGACAGAUGUGGAGGUUGCUCGGAUUUUGGCACUGCCCCCAAACUCCAAAGAACGCAAUAAAAUGCUGAACAAACUACGGAACAAAGGGAACUACAAACACAAUACAGAGGUUUUAACUAAUGGGUCUGGAGUGCUAAAAGUUAAACGCCUGCCAAAGAAAAAGUACAAUUCAAAAGAUUAUGUGCACUGCAUGUAUUGCCAGGCCUUGUUUCUUCGAAAGGAUCUAUGGCGACAUGUUCGUAAAUGUCUUUCAAAACCAGUGGAAGCCAAUGUGGAGUCAGGAAGAACUCGGGUCUUGUCUUUGGCCACAAUGUCUAACUCAGCGCUGUGUCAACAGAUAUCCCAAGGUGUUUGGAAGCUGUUAGCUGUGAUGAAAGAUGAUGACAUUGCUGCUGCUGUGCGCAGUGACUUCUGCAUUCUUCAGCUGACCCAGUCAUUUUUCAAUAAACAUGGACAGGAUCCCACCAAAUAUGAGUAUAUUCGCCAGAAGAUCCGCGAAGUUGGAAGACUCCUACUGACACUGCGCAGAGAAUCUUCAGUAUAUACUCUUGAGGAUGCUGUAAGGCCAGCAAAUUUCAAUGUGGUUAUCCAGGCUGUCAAGAAGGUGGCUGGGUUUGAUGAAGAAAAUCACUGCUACAAAACUCCAAGCCUCGCACUUAAGUUGGGUCAUUCAUUGCAAAAGAUAUGUGACAUCAUACACUGCAGAGCUCUCAUGGCAGAAGACAGUACGCUGAUAAAGUCCACCCAGGCGUUCAAAACCCUUUAUACUAGAAAGUGGUCUGAACUUGUAUCACACACAGCUUUGACCACCUUGAAUGAGGGGCAUUUUAACAAGCCAUCGACUCUGCCUUUCACAGAGGAUGUGCAACGACUUCAUCAACAUCUUGAAAAGACUACAGGUUUAGCGUCUGAGAAGUUGGAAGAGACACCAACACCACAAGUUUAUGGUCAGCUUUGCAAAGGCACUCUUGCAAAAAUAAUAUUAUUCAACCGAAGGCGUGGAGGAGAAGUUGCAAAAAUGCAACUGAAAGGCUUCCUUGAGAGGGACACAACUGCUCUACAUAAAGAUGUUGCUGUUGGCCUCACAAAGUUUGAACAAAAACUUUGUGAACACUUCAGUCGUGUGGAAAUAAGGGGUAAAAGAGGACGCAAAGUUGCUGUGCUGCUAUCACCAGACAUGGUUGAUGCCUUAACACACCUCAUAAGCAAAAGAAAAGAAUGUGGCGUUCCAGAAGAAAACAAAUUCCUGUUCGCAAGACCUCAUUGUUUGUCUCCUUACAGAGGACAGGACUGUCUGAGGAUUUAUGCAAAUGAAUGUGGUGCUCAGAAUCCUGACCUCCUCAGGUCAACGCAGUUACGCAAACACAUUGCAACUUUAUCACAGGUCCUCAACCUCAAAAACCACGAGAUGGACCAAGUUGCUGACUUCCUAGGCCAUGAUAUCCGUGUCCAUAGAGAAUAUUACAGGCUUCCAGAGGCUACAACCCAGCUGGCCAAAAUAUCAAAACUACUUCUUGCCAUGGAGAAAGGGUCCCUAACAAAUCUUCAAGGCAAAACACUUGAAGAGAUUGAAAUUGAAGACAACCUAGACUUGGAUGAUUCAGGACAAAGUCAAGGCAGUGAGACGGAGGAGGAGGAGGAGGAGGAAGAGGAGUUGCCAACACGUUCGUCAUUGCCUAGACCUCCAUGCACCUCAGAUGAUAUUGACUCUGCCCCAGAAGGCACAUCUACAGUGGUUGAUGAUGAUGUUGAUAUCGCAGACAGAAUGGACCAAAAGCUCAGCAGGGCAAGUGAAGUACUUGAACAACCUGAGAUGAAGAGAGCCAAGCGACAUGAGGAAACUCCAUGCACCUCAGCUGUGUCACUUGAAAAUGUGCUGGAAAUGGAUGAGCCAAGAAGAAAAACGAAACAGCAGUGGUCUCCUAAAGAGGUGGCAGCAGUGAUGCGACAUUUUAAGCAACAUGUGACCAAGGGGAAACUAGCCACAACAAAGGAAUGUCAACAGUGCAAGACAGCUGAGCAUCCUACUCUGGCUAAUCGCACUCUUCAGAACAUCAGAGACUUUGUCAGGAAUCGUGGCGUAACUCUGAAAAGAAAAAGCAGUCACUGAACAGCUAUGUUUUAAAUGUUAGACAGUUAUUUUACAGUUUUUAGUUGUUAGGUAAAAGUGAUUCUACCUCAAUUUCAACCCAUGUAGGGUUAAACCUAACAAUUGUUUUCAUCAGUUCACCUGCUAAUUCUCAAUUAAUCAUUCAGUGGUUUGCUCCAGCAAACGUUGGUGGAUGUUUUUCAUUUGUUAUGUGUCCCUAUGAUGGACUGGCAAGCUGUCUAUGUUAUACCACUGUCAUAUGUCAGCUAGGAUUGGGCAUGCAGCCUCGUGACCCUCGUGGAGGAUAAAGUGUGUCUUGUUUUCCAUUGUCAAACUAGUUAACAUUUAACAGUUAUUCAUUUAAAUAUGUCAGUCAUGUUAAGCUGUGUUUGUCAUGGCUGUUGCUGGUUGAUGCAAGUAAAAAGGUGAUGUGAAAACCAAAUAAAUCUGGCUUCUCAUUCA